AUGGAUAGAAAUAUUGCUUGCUCAUUUGCUGGUACUAUAGAUCCACAUAUACAAAAAAUAUUAUUUGAAAUGAAAAUUAAUAUAAAUAUUAAUACAAAGCCAUUUGCUAAUAUAACACAUUUAAGUGCAAUUCCAUCUGAAAAUGAAAUAUUGUUUACAAUGGGAACUGUUUUUCAAAUAGACUCUGUUGAAGAAUUAUCAAAUAAAUUAUGGAAAAUUGGAUUAAUAUUAAGUGAAAAACAAGAUAAAGAAUUAACUAAAUUGACUAAUCAUUUUAAAAAAGAAAUUGGUGAAACAACAGAUCUUUUAACUUUUGGUAAAUUUUUAUUUUUAAUGGGACAACAUGAUAAAGAAGAAAGAUAUUAUGAAAUGUUAUUAAAACAAUUACCAUAUGAUCAUAAAGAUAUUGGUACAAUUUAUAAUAAUAUUGGACUAGUUUGUAAACAUAAAGGUAAUGUCGUAAUGGCUAUAAAAAACUUGGAACAAGCAAUAAAUUUAUUAGAAAAACGCGGCCUAUAUGCGUAUCAGGCACUGGCAAGUCCUUAUCAUAAUCUUGCUGCAAUAUAUUAUGACGAGGGUAAUUAUGUAUUAGCAUUAAAAUAUUGUGAAAAAUCAAUUGAAACUAAAUUAAAAUGUAUACCUACAGAUUUAUCAUCACUUGCACGUACCUAUAAUUCAACAGGUUCAGUUUAUUUAACGACAGCUAAUUAUAAUAAAGCUUUAAAAUAUUUUCAAUUAGCUCUUGAAAUUCAAUUAAAAGUUUUACCACCAAAUCAUCCUGAAUUAAUAACUACAUACAAUAAUAUUGGAAAUAUUUAUCUUGAAACUAAUGAUUUUAUAAAUGCUUUAAAAAAUCAUCAAUAUACACUUAAAAUAGGAUUAAAUUGUUUACCACCAAAUCAUUCACUUAUUAUUCAGGCAUACAAUAAUAUCGGAAAAGCCUAUGUGCAACUUUUGAAUUAUGAUGAAAGUUUAAAAUCAUUUGAAAAAGCACUUGAAUUAGCACUUAAUAAUCAUGUAUCAAAUCAUCGUGAUCUUGUUUCAUUUUAUGGUAAUGUUGGACAAGGUUAUCGAUUAAAAAAUGAUUAUAAUACAGCUUUAAUUUAUUAUGAUAAAGCAUUAAAAUGUUCGUUACCACCUAAUCAUAAUAGUUUUAAUAUUGUAUAUCAUGGUUUAGGAUCUUGUUAUCAAAUGAAAGGUGAUUAUAAUGAAGCGCUAAAAUAUUAUGAAAAAGCAUUAGAAAUUGAUCAAAUUUAUUUAUCGCCAAAUCAUCCAAAUAUUGCCAUGAGAUAUAGCAAUAUUUCAGAAAUAUUAUUACUUAAAGGAAAUGUUAAUGAAUCAUUAAAAUAUAGUGAAAAAGCUCUUCAAAUACAAUUAAAUGUUUCACCAUCUAAUGAUCUAUCUUUAUGCAGAACAUAUAUUGCUAUUGCAACUGCUCAUACUUAUCUUAAAAAUUAUAAUUUAGCAAUUCAAAAUUUUGAAAAAGCAUUACAAUGUAUGCCAUCUAAUAGCCCAUUUUAUUUAACAAUCAUGGAAAAUAUUAAACAACUUAGUACAUUAAAAAAUAAAUAA